UGUUGGCUGAAACCAUCAAUGGCAAAAAGGGAAAGGGUUAAUGAAACGGUGGUGACAGAAUUCAUCCUUGUGGGAUUUAAGACUCUACCUGAAUUUCAGAAUCUCCUCUUCAUUAUGUUUUUAGCCAUCUACAUGGUGACAAUCGCUGGAAACAUCCUUAUAACGGUAGUAGUUCUGGCUGAUUGCCACCUUCACAGACCCAUGUACUACUUCCUGGGGAACUUAUCUGUUUUGGAAACUUGCUAUACCUCAACCAUCCUUCCUAGGAUUUUAGCCAGUUUUAUAACUGACUACCAUGGGAUUUCUUUUAGCGGGUGUUUUCUCCAAUUCUAUUUCUUUGCUUUUUUAGCUGGAGCGGAAAGCUACCUCUUAUCUGCAAUGUCAUAUGACCGUUAUUUAGCUAUUUGUAAACCACUACAUUAUGUAACCCUCAUGAGCAGGAGUUUGUGUGUUCAAUUGUCCCUCGCUUCUUGGAUCAUUGGCAUAGUGGCUAGUGCAUUUACAACAUUUUUCACUUCACAGUUGAAGUUCUGUGGCCCCAAUGAAAUCGACCAUUUCUUUUGUGAUUACACACCGCUGCUAAUGCUCUCCUGUAGCGACACUCAGCAGACAGAAAUGCUGAUGUCAGUCCUGGGCUCCAUCUGCACCAUGCCACCGUUGUUGUUGACCCUGGCCUCCUAUGUUUCCAUCAUCUGCACCAUUUUGAAAAUCCCUUCAAACAGUGGCAGGAGCAAAGCGUUUUCCACUUGCUCCUCCCACCUUAUUGUGGUCACAAUUUUCUAUGGAACCCUAAUCAUUGUGUACAUAUUACCAAAACCCAAUGCACUGAAGAAUCUGACCAAAGUUUUCUCAGUUUUCUACACAAUCUUGACCCCCAUGAUCAAUCCCUUCAUCUAUAGCCUGAGAAACAGAGAGUUUAAGGAGGCCCUCACAAAAGCCAUAGGCAAACUUGUGUCAUUGAGAAUAACUCAGGGAGUCCAACCUCAGUAA